UUUUUUUUACAUGUAGGGCCUGAGCUGUGUGGAUCUUUCCAUGAACUCUAGAGAGAGAGAGAUGAUGUGUAUUAAUUUGUGGGUGUAUAGAAUGAAAUAUAUGAAAAUUAUGAUUUUGAUUUUGAUUUUUCUUUUAAAGAAAUUUUAGAUGCCACUUGCACCUCUGAAUUCGUACAAUUCUGUUUGUAUAGUCUCUAAAUAUAAAGAGGGGAUGCCAAACCCAAAAUGGAGUUUAUGACUUUGAUUACUUGCUGUUAGUUAUCUUUUCUCUUAGUUUAUGGCAAUUGCAGCAACCAUGAGCCUAACUGCCAACCAUGAUGACAACCCUAGCUCCAACACUAGUGCUCGUAAACAUCAUCAUCAUGCUGCUGCUGCUGCUGAUGAUGAUGAUGAUCACGAACAUGACAUGGUUAUGCCUGGCUUUCGCUUCCACCCUACUGAAGAAGAACUUGUAGAGUUCUACCUUCGCCGUAAGGUUGAGGGCAAACGUUUCAACGUUGAGCUCAUUACUUUCUUGGAUCUUUAUCGUUAUGACCCUUGGGAACUUCCUGCCUUGGCUGCAAUUGGAGAGAAAGAAUGGUUCUUCUAUGUGCCCAGAGAUCGAAAAUAUCGGAAUGGCGAUCGCCCCAAUCGUGUGACUACUUCUGGUUACUGGAAGGCAACGGGAGCUGACCGGAUGAUUAGAUCUGAGAAUUCCCGGUCGAUUGGGUUAAAGAAAACCCUAGUUUUCUACUCUGGAAAAGCUCCUAAAGGUAUAAGAACCAGCUGGAUCAUGAAUGAAUACCGCUUGCCACAGCACGAAACUGAACGAUAUCAGAAGGCUGAGAUAUCACUUUGCCGUGUGUACAAGAGAGCUGGAGUAGAAGAUCACCCGUCUCUCCCUCGCUCACUUUCCUCGAGGGCUUCCUCGUCUAGAGGGCUUCAAUCUGACAAGAAACUACAGCCUCCGCAACUUGGCAUGGAAAGCUUUCAGGUCUUUGGAGGUGGAGGACAAUCGAUAUCGCAGCAAAUUGAGCUGGAAAAGAUCAGCGCUGAAACAGAUGGAAGCAGUAGUUCAGAUGUCACCACUGCUUUAGGAUUGUCGAAGCCGGCAAAUGUAUACCAUCCAGUACCUGCAAUUAGUACCUCACUCGGGCUACCUGCUACCAUAGAAGAAGAAGCAGAAGAAAUCUUUCUUAACCAGUCAAGACAAGCUUGCUCUUUAGUCCCUAAUAACAACAACAACAACCUCUUCACUGGUUCAUCUUCUGUCUCUUCAAAUCCAGUUGAUGAUCUUCAUAGAUUAGUAAAUUAUCAACAAGCUUGCAUUAGCCAGCAGCAGCAACAAUACUACAACACUCAUCAUCAUCAACACCAUCAACAACAGCAGCAGCAACAGCACCAACAUUCACAGUUCUCCAUCAUGGCACCCCAAUCGCAGUCAUUAGCUCUCAACAUGCUACCGAACUCGCUACCGACUGCCUUUCCAGAGAGAUUGUGGGAGUGGAACCCAUUGCCAGAAGCAAAUAGAGACCAGUACAACGUUAACAAUCCAUUCAAGUAAUAAACGAACUGCACAUAUUUAUAUAUAUCUCUAUGCUUAGUUUUAUAUUUUAUGCUGCUAGUGAUAUUCUAUAUUCUAUAUAAGAUAUAUGUGUAGGCUCUCUAUCUAAUGAUCAACUCUAGUGGCCUUCAGAAUGUGACUGAUAUUGAUUAAUGUAUGAUAUGUUUCUGCAUUUAGGGUU